UGGUGGUUGGUGUGUGGUACAGGACGAGGCUCCCGCCUUCCGGGCAGCGGCUCUCCACAGCUGAUGGUGGCGGAGGGAGGGACCGCAGUGAUCCUCCACCUCCAGCAGUCAACAUUCAGCAGCAGCGCGCAGCGGUCGAGUGUGAUUCCAUUCACUGCGGGCGGGUCCUCUGCGAGUCGAGUUUCGUCUGUUAGCGAUAAUCGCGUGAAAUUUCUCCACAUUGCGUCUAAAACUUGGACACGCGGUCGACAGGGAAUUGGAACCCCGCGAGGAAAUAAGGUAUGGCAGCUAUCAGGAAAAAGCUGGUGAUCGUGGGAGAUGGAGCGUGUGGGAAGACCUGUCUCCUCAUAGUGUUCAGCAAAGACCAGUUUCCAGAAGUCUAUGUGCCUACUGUGUUCGAGAACUACAUUGCAGACAUCGAAGUCGACAGCAAACAGGUGGAGCUGGCAUUGUGGGACACAGCAGGACAGGAAGACUACGAUCGUCUGAGGCCUCUGUCUUACCCAGACACAGAUGUCAUCCUCAUGUGUUUCUCAAUAGACAGUCCCGACAGCUUAGAGAAUAUCCCAGAAAAGUGGACGCCGGAGGUGAAGCACUUCUGCCCAAACGUUCCCAUAAUCCUCGUGGGCAAUAAGAAGGAUCUGCGGAAUGAUGAGCACACACGGAGAGAGCUGACUAAGAUGAAGCAGGAGCCGGUUAAACCGGAGGAGGGCAGGGACAUGGCCAAUCGCAUUAGCGCCUUCGGCUACCUGGAAUGCUCAGCUAAGACUAAGGACGGCGUGAGGGAAGUAUUCGAAAUGGCCACCAGGGCGGCGCUGCAAGUCCGCAAGAGGAAGAAGAGGAGCGGCUGCUUGCUGUUGUGAGAGAACUUUCCGGUCUUUUCCAGAAUGAUCUCCAUAAUGACCAUGUGGACCAAACUCCACAAAAAAAAAAAAAAAGUUUUUGACCAAAAAA